AUGCCUCGACUUAUUAUCCUACUCAUCGUGCUUCAAACCGCGCUUGUUGCUCUCGCAGACGAUCCUGAUCAGCGCAAACAAGUAGCAACCCGAAAUUUCUGCCUCGAAUUGCAAGAAUGCAUCGCUGUCUGCGAUUCUCCCGAGUCGCAUGCAUUGGAUUUUACGCUCACCGUCAGAACGCCUGGCCAUCGUGGCACCUUCAAUCUGGUUCCAGGCGCCGCUUCCUUCAAAGGAAUGAGCUGCGGUGGUUCACUGUCGUGCUAUGCUCAGCCCGUGCCACCGUAUCCUACGCUGAAAUGGGAGCUGUUUGCCAUGUACAAACAGCAUCUCGAUGGUCUCUCCGGCACGGACAUCUCAGUCUUUGCCAUGAGCGAAUGCUGCGUCAUCGAAGAGGUUCAAUGGUUUGAGACUCAGCUCUACGCGGGCGAUGAGCUUGUUCGCAAAGGCAGCUGGAUCCAGGCAGUCUGCCAUCCUUACACUGGAUCCGACGCAAGCUUGGGCAGAUGCAGUGCAAUCUUUCCUGACAGAGAACUAAUCGUGCUCAAAUGUUCAGAUAUCGGCGGGUCAUGCGGCUUCAGGCUCGGCAGGCGUCACGGACGAAGCACUGCAGCGACCGGAUGUACAAGGCGCACGUCUGAUGAUGCGCUGUGCUCAAAGGUUCGACGUCGCGACAUUGACAUCGAGCCUCGUGCUUUGUACUCGCUGCCCUUUUUCGCACAUAGCCAGCAAAUACUUCCCUCCGCACUUCCGCUCCACAUACGACACCAGAUGCGACCGCGAAGCCUUGCCGCCCUCGGGCUCACCCUAUGUACAGUAGUGCAAAGCGUGAUUGGUGAUCCCGUCAAGACGCGCUUGUACUGCCCGCAAUUGGCAGCUUGCGAGCUCGUCUGCCAAGUGCCGUCAGUCGAGGAAAAAGCCAAGAUCAGCUUCACCCUCGAAACCUCUGCCAUUCCCUCGAAAAUCUCGAUGACGCUCAGCGAGACCAGACACAUCGAUAUGAUGCACUGCGACGAAGAUGUAUAUUGCUCAGCGUAUCCUGAUCCCAAUGUUGCGCCAGAAGAGCGCCAGUGGAUCAUGGAACUCGGCAUACCCAAGCAAACGACGACGAGGGUUAUGGGUCCUUGGCAGCUCCAGGAAAUGGUCAAAGGUUGUUGCCAAGUGCAACAUGUUUACAAAAUGACAUCGAAGCUCAUGAGAGCGGCUCCUGCUGAGGUCACCGGCCACGAGUACAUCCUGAGAUGCCAUCCGCGCGGAACAGAUGCGGACGUGCCGAACCCGAAGCUAUGCUCAGAGACAUUUAGCGCAAUCAAUGAUCGCCAAAUCACUUGUCAGCAACGAGCUGGUAGCUGUUUAGUAGUCUGGGGCAAGACCAUGCCAGGUGUCAAAUGCCAAGAGUGA